AGCCGUGUACCCGUAAAUUGUCACCCUAAAAACACCGGGCGCACUCAUCAAGACACUUGAGCAAUUGACCCAAAAAAACUCCCUACCUUUUCCUCAUCGCUGCAAAAUUCUGACUUUGUCGCGAUAAUCAUCAUCAACAAUGGCGACCAACAUCACAUGGCACCCUUCCCUCUCGCGCAGCGAGCGCAACAAAUUCCGCAAGCAAACCGGCUUCACAAUCUGGUUCACAGGCCUUUCCGCGUCCGGUAAAUCCACCAUCGCCACAGCGCUUGAGCAGCACCUGCUGCACCUGGGUUUCGCCGCGUACCGACUCGACGGCGACAAUGUGCGAUUCGGGCUGAAUAAGGAUCUGGGUUUCUCGGAGAAGGAUCGAAAUGAGAACAUUAGGCGGAUAGCUGAGGUAGCAAAGCUCUUCGCCGACUCCUCCACAAUCGCCAUUACAUCCUUCAUUUCCCCUUACAAGGCCGAUCGCGAGCAAGCUCGCGCCCUGCACGCCGCCACCUCUGACGCUUCCGAGUCGCCCCUCGCUUUCGUCGAAGUCUACGUCGACAUCCCGCUUGAAGUCGCUGAAGCGCGUGACCCCAAGGGCCUGUACAAGAAGGCGCGCGAGGGCAAGAUUCCAGAGUUUACGGGCGUGAGUGCGCCAUACGAGGCGCCUGAAGCCCCGGAGAUUCACAUUAGGAGUGAUAAGAAGAGUGUGGAGGAGAGCGUCGUGGAGAUUGUGGAGUAUUUGAAGGGAAAGGGGUUGUUGGAGGUGGCGCAGUAGGUUAUGAGUUAUGAAAACAAGGUCUCCCUUUUUUUUGAGGAUUGGAUAUGGGGGUUUGGGUAUAGGAGAUAUACAUAGAGAGAGAGGGCUGAAAUGAUUGCAACGAAGGAUGUGCGAUUUCUCCUUGUACACAAUUCGAAGCUGCAUGCGCUCAUGUCCAAUCUUCUCUUUCUUUCUUUUCUCUUUCGUCGUCAAGAAAAAACUUCCGUUUACUUAACUUACCUCAACUAUACUCAAACUUAUACAGCCAUACAACUAUAGAAACGGAAAGGUACAUGCGACCCUAGCAUUUCAAAGCCUCAUAGAUCCCACUCUACAAAACCAUCCCAA